GUCUCUAUUUUAAAAAACACACUGUCUUUGGCAGGAGAAAGACCAGACUCAGAGAAACCAGAGCCAGGGACGUCCAAACCAGCAAGAAGACACCAGUGCUCCUACUGUGGAAAGGGUUGUAACUGGUUAGGGGACCUGAAACAGCAUGAGAGAAUACACACUGGGGAGAAGCCUUACCACUGCUCGCAGUGUGGAAAGUGUUUCAGCCGGUCAGGGGGUCUGAAAAAACACAAAAGAAUACACACAGGGGAGAAGCCUUACCACUGCUCGCAGUGUGGCAAGUGUUUUAACCAGUCAGGGGACCUGAAACAACAUGAGAGAAUACACACAGGGCAGAAGCCUUACCACUGCUCCCAAUGUGGAAAGUUUUUCACCUGGUCAGGGAAUCUGAAACAACACAAGAGAAUACACACAGGGGAGAAGCCUUACCACUGCUCUCAGUGUGGCAAGUGUUUCAACCUGUCAGGGGAUCUGAAACAACAUGAGAGAAUACACACUGGGGAGAAGCCUUAUCGCUGCUCCAUGUGUGGAAAGUGUUUCAACCAGUCAGGACACCUGAAAACCCAUGAGCUAAUACACACAGGGGAGAAUUCUUACCACUGCUCCCAGUGUGGAAAGUGUUUCAAACGGUCAGUUGAUCUAAAAAAACACGAAAGAAUACACACAGGAGAGAAGCCUUACCACUGCUCCCAGUGUGGAAAGGGUUGUUACCGGUUAUGGGACCUGAAACAACACGAGAGAAUACACACGGGGGAGAAGCCAUACCACUGCUCCCAGUGUGGAAGGUGUUUCAGUCUGUCAGGACACCUGAAAGCUCAUGAGCUAAUACACACGGGAGAGAAGCCUUACCACUGCUCCCAGUGUGGCAAGUGUUUCAACAGGUCAGGGGAGCUGAAAAGUCACGAGAGAAUACACACAGGGGAAAAGCCUUACCACUGCUCCCAGUGUGGAAAGUGUUUUAACAAGUUGGGGGGCCUGAAACAACAUGAGAGAAUACACACGGGGGAGAAGCCUUACCACUGCUCCCAGUGUGGAAAGUUUUUCUGCUGGUCAGGGAAUCUUAAAAGACAUGAGAGAAUACACACAGGGGAGAUGCAUUACCACUCCUCCCAGGGUGCAAAACUUUUGCCCAUUGGAACUGUGGGAGGAGGAGAAGAGAUGAAAGGAUCAGAUUUGACUCAUCAAAGAGAAAGACCAGACUCAGAGAAACCAGAGCCAGGGACGUCCAAACCAGCAAGAAGACACCAGUGCUCCUACUGUGGAAAGGGUUGUAACUGGUUAGGGGACCUGAAACAGCAUGAGAGAAUACACACUGGGGAGAAGCCUUACCACUGCUCGCAGUGUGGAAAGUGUUUCAGCCGGUCAGGGGGUCUGAAAAAACACAAAAGAAUACACACAGGGGAGAAGCCUUACCACUGCUCGCAGUGUGGCAAGUGUUUUAACCAGUCAGGGGACCUGAAACAACAUGAGAGAAUACACACAGGGCAGAAGCCUUACCACUGCUCCCAAUGUGGAAAGUUUUUCACCUGGUCAGGGAAUCUGAAACAACACAAGAGAAUACACACAGGGGAGAAGCCUUACCACUGCUCUCAGUGUGGCAAGUGUUUCAACCUGUCAGGGGAUCUGAAACAACAUGAGAGAAUACACACUGGGGAGAAGCCUUAUCGCUGCUCCAUGUGUGGAAAGUGUUUCAACCAGUCAGGACACCUGAAAACCCAUGAGCUAAUACACACAGGGGAGAAUUCUUACCACUGCUCCCAGUGUGGAAAGUGUUUCAAACGGUCAGUUGAUCUAAAAAAACACGAAAGAAUACACACAGGAGAGAAGCCUUACCACUGCUCCCAGUGUGGAAAGGGUUGUUACCGGUUAUGGGACCUGAAACAACACGAGAGAAUACACACGGGGGAGAAGCCAUACCACUGCUCCCAGUGUGGAAGGUGUUUCAGUCUGUCAGGACACCUGAAAGCUCAUGAGCUAAUACACACGGGAGAGAAGCCUUACCACUGCUCCCAGUGUGGCAAGUGUUUCAACAGGUCAGGGGAGCUGAAAAGUCACGAGAGAAUACACACAGGGGAAAAGCCUUACCACUGCUCCCAGUGUGGAAAGUGUUUUAACAAGUUGGGGGGCCUGAAACAACAUGAGAGAAUACACACGGGGGAGAAGCCUUACCACUGCUCCCAGUGUGGAAAGUUUUUCUGCUGGUCAGGGAAUCUUAAAAGACAUGAGAGAAUACACACAGGGGAGAUGCAUUACCACUCCUCCCAGGGUGCAAAACUUUUGCCCAUUUAGGAAGCCUGAAAGAACACGAGACAGAGGAGAAGGCUUACCACUGCCCGCAUUGUGGAAAGAGUUUUAACCAGAAAAACAACCUAAAACAACCUGAUCCAACACGAGAAAAUACACAGAGGGGAGAUUACCACUCCUGAAUCCACACAGGAGAGAGAAAUGACUUCUCUUAGCAUGUAUAUUGAUAUUUCACAUCUCAUUGACUCACAACUCAUCAGAGAACAUACACAGUGCUCCCAUUGUCUUAUAUUGUUGACUGAUAAUGUGUUGACCUGUUUUUACCAUAUGAAAUUGCUUCUUCCAAUUAUUGAGUAACAUGUACCUGUUAAGAAACUGACUGUUAGAACUGUUAAGGUUCCAUGGAUUGAUGAGGAAUUUAAAAAACUGUAUGUUUGAAAGAGAUGUGGCAAAAUGAGUAGCGAAUAAGUCUGGCUGCACAUCUGGCUGGCUUAUGUACGGCAAAUUGAGAAAUUAUGUGACCAAACUCAACAAAAAUAAUAAACUUUAUUAGGAAGCCAA